CCGCAGCUCCGCGCACACAUACAUACACACGCACGCACGCACGCACGCUCAUGAACGCGCUCACACACACGCACUGAGCGAGCGGAGCGCUUCUGAGAGAAAGAGAGAGAGAGAGAUCCUGUGAAUAAUCGUCAUUUCUCCUGCGACCCGUUCGGAUCCUGGAUGAUCCAUAAUAACCUCUAAUAAUAACCUAAAAUAAGAGAAAUUAUUAAUCAAUUAUCGCGGCAACAUGUCCCGUAGAAAGCAGAGCAACCCCCGGCAGAUCAAACGUCCGCUGGACGGAGGUGUGGAGGAAGAGGAGGAAGAGUGCAUAGCUGACGGAAAUGAACUCGUGACUAAAGAUGAGUAUUCAAUGGAUGAAAACUUUGCUGCUGACUUUGAAAUGGACAACCUCACCUGUGAGGACAUGGAAUACUUCUGCGUCAAAGGUGAAGAGAACGGCAGCAGAGAAAUGGGAGACACAGAGAUGGAGGUGGAGAGCGAGAAGGGGAGGCCGCCCCCUCUGGAGCCGGAGGAAUGGGAUGGUCCACGUGAGCUGGACCUGUUUAACAAAGAUGGAGAGCGUCGGAUUCUCAGCCGCCAACAGCUUCCUGUAGGAACAACGUGGGGACCUUUCGAUGGGAAGAUCAAGCUGAACACAGACUCUCAGAAGACGAAAGGAUCGGUCCCGCUGGUGCUGAACGCCGGUCCCAGGUGGCUGCUGGAUAUGACUUGGCAGGGUUCCGACGACAACAGGAACAACUGUGUGGUUUACAGCAAAGGUGGCCAACUGUGGUGCACCACAACCAAGAACAUGAUGGAAGGUGAGGAGCUGCUGGCAUUCGCUGUGGACUUUGACUCUCGAUUGCAGGCGGUCAAUCACAUGUCUCUCGGUGAGGGCAUGUACCCAGCACGCCUUCUGGACACCAUUCAACUCCUGCCCCAGCAAGCAGCGAUGGCAUCUAUAUUACCCACAGCUAUAGUCAACAAGGAUAUCUUCCCCUGUAAAGCAUGUGGGAUAUGGUACAGGAGUGAGCGAAACCUGCAGGCUCAUCUGAUGUAUUACUGCAGUGGGCGGCAGAGGGAACCCGAUAACGUUCCCGAAGAGACUGACGCCAAUUCUCACCAAACGCCCAGCAACUGCCCUUUCCCACAAUGCAACAAGAGCUUCAGUAGCCCUCGUGCUCUGGAGAUGCACCUGAGCUCACACAGUGGUGUCAAAAUGGAAGAGUCUCUUCCCCCUGGCACCAGCUUAAAAUGCACAAUCUGUAACUACACAGCGGAUUCGCUCCUUACAUUCCAGCAUCACAUCAUCUCUCACCUGUCACAGGCUGCUUUCAGAUGCAAUCACUGUCACAUCAGCUUCCAGAACCACAGGGAGCUUCUGCAGCACCAAGACCUACACGGCCACGCCGGCAAGAUUCAGAGGGAGAGCGACAGUGAGAACUCCCCUAGAGGAGGAGAGGAAGGCCUGCAGACGGCACGAGCGGAACUCUCAGCCAGAAAAGACGCGGUCAUGCAGAGUCCCAAGACCACACCCAACAAGGCCAACAGUCCUGACGGAGAGCUCGAAAGACCUGAGAAGAAACCUGCACCUGGACUUCAGAAGGGCGAGAGUCAUCCGGGCAGCAAGGCUAGUUUCUCCUACACCAGAAUCAAGUCCGAACCCUCAAGUCCACGGCUAGCCUCCUCUCCAGUUCAGCACAACAUGGGCCCAACCUUUCCCAUGGGUCCAUUCUUGUCCCAGUUUGCGUUUUCCCAAGACAUUUCCGUGGUGCCUCAAGCAUCAGAGAUUUUAGCAAAAAUGUCAGAGCUGGUGCAUCGCAGGCUACGCCACGGAGGGAAUAGCUACCCACCUGUCAUCUACAGUCCUCUGAUGCCCAAAGGUGCGACAUGCUUUGAAUGCAACAUCACCUUCAAUAAUCUGGAUAACUACUUAGUUCACAAGAAGCACUACUGUAACAGUCGCUGGCAGCACAUGGCAAAAUCUCCCGAUUUCUCGAGUGUUCCAGACAAGGUUUCCGAUGCCAUAAGUCCAAACAGCGGCCACAGUGCGGUCGGUAUGCUCCCGGGAUGCCUCCCAUCAGACAACGACAGUCAUCUUGUGACGACGGCAUGCUUGAAUUCGUCUGUUUUGGAUAUUAUGAAUGCUGGUGGGAAAGUGCCUGAGAAAGAUCUCACCGGGCAGGUCAAAAAGGUCACAACGCCAACAGGUGUUGAGGAUAGACUCGGAGGAAAACAGACGGAGGUCAAGAGUCCCAGUACAUCUUUGGUUGAAAGUGACAACGACCCAAACAAGACCACUUGUGAAGCGUGCAACAUCACCUUCAGUCGCCAUGAAACGUUCAUGGUUCACAAGCAGUACUACUGCGCCACCCGUCACGACCCUCCCAUGAAACGUAUGUCCGCUAAGGUGCCCGCCAUGCAGCGGACCAUGAGAACGCGCAAGCGGAGGAAGAUGUAUGAGAUGUGUCUUCCCGACCAAGAGCAAAGGCAUCCUGUAGGGCCACAGCCAGGAUUCCUAGGAAUGCCCACUUUGGGAAAUCCUUGUACGUCCCAGGAGACUGUUGAAAGUCUAGUGGAACGCUUUCAUCCGCGAUGCGACAUCUUUCCAGGCCUCGUCCCGAAACACUUAGAUGCUUCUCUGGCAGUCUCCAAACCCAUUCUCCCCCCCAAAGGUAACGCUAUUGCAGACCCACAGGAACUAGAUGCACCCAUUGAUCUCAGCAAAAAGUGCUCAUCUGACAAGUCGUGCAACUCUCCCAAAAGACUGUUGGACUAUCACGAAUGUACCGUGUGUAAGAUAAGUUUUAACAAAGUGGAGAAUUACCUAGCCCACAAACAGAACUUUUGCCCGGUCACCACUGCUCAGCACGGUGAGAUUGGCGGUCUGGAGCAGCCCAUGUUCCCGGCGAUGAAAACCGAAGGCAAUAAUUCUGAUGACGUCUUUGACAAGAAUUCUAUAAAAUGUGAGAAAAACGGCGGAAGCAAGCUGAUGCUGCAAAAUGGCGGUAUGUUCCCACCGCACCUCGGGCAGGUGCCAGAUCUGAAAGCUUUCAGUGAGCCGCAGAUCAUGUCAUCUAAAGAUGACAACAAGAACAUGUUUUUGCCUCACUGUGUCUAUCCCGGAGCAAUAAAGAAGGUGAAAGGUACCGACCAAUUAUCACCGUAUUUUGGGAUAAAGACCAGCGACUACAUGGCGGGAAGUCUGGUUAUGCCGGGUGAGGCGACCGAACAGGAGCAGAGCAGCAAUGGUGCAGGCGAGACGGGCACAGAACAACCCACAACCAACGGAUGCCCCCAUCCCAGCAAGGAUCCUUUGCCUCUGCUGCCCAAAAACCGGGGCAUGGUGAUCGUCAACGGUGGACAUAAAGAGGAGCGUCAGACACCAGCAACACCCCAACAGGAGAACCAGCCUGAGGAGCAAACGUCCCCCGCGUGGGGCUCCGAGAACCCUCCCGACUCGAACGAGAAUGUAUCGCCCACAUCUAAAUCACCCAUUGAGGAAUCCGCACCCAUCGCCAAAGGCAUAAACGGGUCGGCGCAGCCCGCGGGCGGCGGCAAGUACUGCCGCUUGUGUGACAUCCAGUUCAAUAACUUGUCAAACUUUAUCACUCACAAGAAGUUUUACUGCUCGUCACAUGCCGCCGAGCACGUGAAAUGAAAUGGCGCUCCACUCUCCCCGAUCCUUUUCACUUUUUUUGGGUACAAGGUCGUGUCUGAAAUAGUGCAUCAUGCAGUUUUAUAUGCUGCUUGUGGACAAUCAAGAGAAGCUUCUUUGUUUUUCAUUAUUUGAAGACUUAAUGCAAAACGAUGACAAAAAAAAUCCAAGUGUAAUAUUGGUGCCACUUUCACCUUUUAUUUAUUUUACAAUCAGUAUUAAUAGAAGUAGUGCUCUUAAUUUAAAUUCAAAGAAAGUUUAUAUCAGAGUUGUUUGUAAUGUUAAUGUAUAGUCAUUCUUGUGUAGCAGACAUAUUGUUUACAAUGUAUGUUAGGUUCAAGGAGACCAUAGGUGCAGAAUACGAAACUGAAAUGCGGUUUAGACUCAACAAUAGCUACUGGAGCACUUGUGUAUUCUUAUUUGCUGGUACCGUUUGUGUACAUGCCGAAAUGUGCAGUUUGAUACUCUUGACUUUAGCCUUAAAACAGUUUUAUCCAGGCACAAAUCCGCAGCUCAUAUUUCGGCAUGUACACAUUUUGGCUUUUGCAUAUAUAUGUUGCUGUUUGUCUCUGUGUCUUUUCUUCGACUCAGAAUUGGAUGUGUCAUUGAGGAUGGCAGCAUUGCUGUAUAGUACUCGUAUUUCUGUUUGCUGAUACACCUUGUUCUCCCUUUUAAAAAUUUGCUCUCAGCGCAAUACUUUGUAUAAAAACGUUUGGAAAAAAGGCGAACGGGAACAUUAUGGAAAACAGUAUUAUAAAUGGGGAGGACAGCAGCCAUUUCUUACUCAUGAACAAAAAAAUGAAAUUGUACAAAAGGCUGGCUUAUUGGUGGUUAGUGGUGGGCGGGAUGAAGGGGAAUACUGUAAAAAUGAUCAUUCCAAUGUCCUUAUGUAAGAAAAAAUAUUUCUUAAAAAUGUUGUUGCUAUGCAUGUAUAUGGAUGGAAUAAAAUUCCAGAUCUGUUGGAAAUUUUUAUUUUGAUGUGGUGUCAAUUAAACUUCAAUCCUCAGGAUAA